AUGCCAGGGGCAGUGAUGGCAGAAGGCACCUUCAGUUUCAAAAAGUUGCUGAAUCAGUGCAAGAACCAGGGGCUGGAGUCUCCUGGAGGAAUUGCUAUACCCCCAGUGUAUGGUCAGCUUUUAGAUUUGUAUUUGCUCCACAAGGACACGAAUAAUGCAAGAUGUCUUUGGAAAAGGAUACCACCUGCUAUCAAAUCUGCAAAUUCUGAACUUUGGGGAAUUUGGUCAGUAGGACAGAGGAUCUGGGAGAGAGAUUUCCCUGGGAUCUAUAUGACCAUCUAUGUCCACCAGUGGCAAAAGUUAGUCCAGCCAAUCAUGGAAGCACUUAGACAUGCUACUAGGAGAUAUGUACCUUCCUUGAGGAUUUAUGAGGUUGUGAAAGUUAUAUUAGAAAAAAGAAUGGCAAGCCGACUCUGUCAGGAGAAUGGUUCGCCCAGAAAGCCAGUUGCAGAUUCCCUGGAUGUUUCCUGUAACAGGUUUAUUUUUUUUCCAGAGCCUGCCCCAGUUCCACCAAUCCUUAAUGAACAGCAAUUAGCCAGACAGACUGAUUAUGUGGCUCUCCUUGAAAAUUGA